CAAUCCUUAAAAUGGUGAUGUUAAUUUUUAAACAUGGUUUAAGGUGUUUCUGCUUCCACUGUGGAUGUAAAUGCAUUUACCUGCAUGAGGAACAUAAACUACAUGUAAGUCACUAAAAUAUGAACUUUAAAUGAGACUUUUGUUGAAUUGGAUUAAGCCAGUGGCUGAAUGUAAUAGACACUAUGUGAUGGGAUAGUGCUAGUUGGUUGCAGAUCUAAAAAUAGUCCAGUGACAAUGUAAAUAAUGACUGAAAAAGCCUGUGGAAGCUCUAUGAGCUUCCUUUUAUUUAUGCCAAAUAAGGUAUAUGUUGCUUUCACUUCCUUUUUUAGAUUUACACAUAUGCAGUGAGAACACGAUUUCCAAGGAGCCAUUUAUGACCAUUAAGUAUUGGAGAUAUGUGCAUGCCAUUUAAUAAAGCACUCUGACUUCCAACUAUGUCAACACACAUUGAACAGUGAGGAGACAUGGAAGCUGUGCUUGGCUUGAUGGUGAUUCUACUGGGAGUGCCUCAUGGUGUGGAAACUCACUGUGAUGGCAGACAGGAUGGAGCUCAGUGUUAUGGAGCUUUGGGAGGAACCGUGGACAUCCAGCUGAUGGACAACACCUCAGAAAUAUCUAGAUACAAAGUGUUAAAUAAUUCAUUAAAAAUACUAGAUGUGAGAAAUAAUAAGAUUAUUUCUAAUACCAUAGAACAUAGAUAUCUUUUCCCCAGUAAUGGAACAUUUAGGAUCAAUAACCUGAGUAGGUCAGACAGUGGUAAUUAUACCCUUCAAACCUUUGAUUCAGAUGGAAGAUCAUCAGGCGAGCGGACUUUACAGUUGUUUAUUCAAGCUCCUGUGUCCUCUGUCCUGCUGGUCUCUGAGUGUGUGUCCCUGGGAGAGAGGAGGGCGUCCUGCUCCUCUGAGGGAGGGGACAGUCCUCAGUACAGCUGGACUCUGGAUGGACGCACACUGACAGAUGCUGAGCUCCUUUCUGGAGAUAAUGAGACUAACAUCAUGACUCUGAAACAGCACGUCUCAGGAACUCUGGUCUGCUCAGUCAGAAACAACGUCAGUAAUGUCUCCAAAGAAAAGAAGAUAUCUACCUGUGGGUUCAUUUUUAUUAACUGCACCACAGUCAAUGGGACAAUGAUAUCGGGGUGGGUGCAUAAAGCCAGUAACACCCUGUGUGUUGAACCAGCACAGAUUUUUAAGGGAAAUUUGCCACUAAUUGGUGUUCUCACGACGCUCAUCAUUUUCUUACUUGUGGGUAUAGCAGUCAUCUGUGCUCAGCGGAAAAAGAAAAACAGCAAACAUAAAAAACAAAAAGAGGAAGAAGAUGACCAGGAAGAAAUCUUUGCUGAUAUCAGGGUUGUGAAACGGCAGGCGAAACAACUGGAGAGAAGAGCUGAGCUAGAGUUUGGCAAAGUCAAGUAUUCAAAGCGUCCUCGGCAGACGGAACCAACAGGAAAUGCUUGUUUGUAUGGCAACGUCCAUAAAGCCAUGUAAUUUAAGUGGUCAGUGCUUAUAUACAGACUGCACAGCUGAAAGCUGAUCAGUGAGGAGCUGCUGUCAAGAUGUCUAACUAUUUUUCGUUAAAUGUGAUUUCCCAUCAGAAAAAUAUAAUAUAUACUAUCAAAGGUAAUACUUACUGAUAUAAAUACUUACUGAUAAUUACUUUCAUUGCACUUCCAAUCUCUUGAUUUAGUAUGUUGCACAAAUACUGUGAGUGUUUUCUGCAUAUAUUCUGUGGAAGCUCUCAUAGAACAUUGUUAUUUAUGAGUGUUGAGGGGAGGAUCUAAUCGUUAAUCCAAGAUGGCGCUGGUGUGCUCGGCAGGCUGGGCCCUCUACUGUUUGGAGUAUCAGAUCUCCUACCACUGUUAUGCUGACAACAUUCAAAUCCAUUUCCAAUUGUCUGAUGAUCUGCCAGCUUCAUUGAAUCGUUUGUCUGACAGCUUGAGAGAGUUCCCAGAGUGGCUGUCAGCCAAUUCUCUCAUUUUAAAUGAGAAGAAAACUGAGAUUAUGGUGUUUGAUAGUCACACUCCACAAGAUCAGCUAGCUGCCCGAUUUGGUCCCUUUGCUUGCUUCUUAACGAUACUGUAAGUAAUCUAGGUGUUUUCCUGGAUAGUUCAUUUAAACUGGAUAAACAGGUUUCCUUUGUGGUUAAAUCUGGCUUCUUCCAAUUGCGCCAAAUUUCCGAGGUCAAACUUCUAAUACCGUACAAAGAUCUUGAAAAACUUAUACAUGCCUUUGUGACCUCCAGAUUAGAUUAUUGUAACUCUCUCUACUCUGGACUCCAACUCGCUCACCUCCAAUGGUUACAGCUUGUUCAGAAUGCUGCAGCUCAUCUUCUAACCGGAACUAGAAAGUUUGCCUCCAUUACUCCUGUGCUCUCUGACUUACAUUGGCUGCCUAUUAAACUUCGUAUUGAUUAUAAAGUUCUGCUGCUUACUUUCAAAUGCCUAAACAACCUUGCGCCCGACUAUCUCACCAACCUCCUCAGUCUUUAUACUCCCAGCUGUUCUUUGUGAUCAUCUGGUCAGUGACUACGGGUGAUUGUGCCAUUGCCUCUGUAGCACCAAACCUCUGGAAUAGUCUUCCUGCUACCAUUCAUGUUUCUGAGUCCAUUCAAUUCUUUAAAGCACACUUGAAAACUUACCUAUUCAACCUGGCUUUUCCAACUUGCUAAUUCUCACCGCUCACUAACUGCUGUAUCGUUACUCAUUUCUCGGGAUUAUCAUGAAUUCUCCCUACCCCUACUUACUAAUGCCUUUGUUUGUUUCUCUAUUUUACCUUGUUUUAAUGACUUACUGUUUAGUGUAAUCAUUUUACUGUUUAUUCCUUACUGUGAAGCACUUUGGUGUACCCCCUGAAUUUAAACUUGCUAUAUAAAUAAAAUUGUAUUGUAUUGUAUUUUUCUCUUUCCAUUUGAAUUUGACUUGUUUUUGACUUGGUAGAAGUUGGACCAGAUCAUCCAACUCAAUUCAGUUUUAUUUAUAUAGCACCAAAUUACAACAUGUUGCCUCAAGGAGCUUUAUAUCAUUUGGUAAAGACCCUACAUAUAAUACGAAGAAUCCUUAAAACACAAAUAAAGUAAAAAGGCUGAACAUUUGGAUGUUUAUAAGACAUCCAGAUAUCAACAAUUCACCUUUAGUUGGCAAGUGUCCUCAUUAAAAACACUGAUGUUCAAAUUACAUAAAGGACAGGUGUGUGAGUCACUUUUUCAUCUAAACAUGUUUCAAAUUGCUGCAAGUUGGAUUUUACUUGGAUUUGGCCACUGAUAUUAGUAAACAGAGGGACACUUCCAGGCUUUUUCAGCCUCAGAACAGGAGGAUUGUUAACCUGCUGGUCCGCUGUUGUGCACUUUUUAUAAGAUGGUUGUUAUCACAAAAUACAUCAGAAAUUUGUUUAGCUCAUCUUGAAUGUGUAACAUUAGUGGUGAUUGAGCUAUAUCACUUCAGUCUACCAUGAGAUGGCUGGCCAUUUAAAGAAAAAAACCCUCAUUAUUAUUCAUUAUUAGUCAUCAUUAUCACAAUUACCUGGGUUUACGUACGUCUUAGAAAAAGAAGGUUGUUCACAAACUCGUGUUGUUUUUUUUUCUCUGUUCCUGUUAUGACACCAAGCUCAAUUUUUCACACUACACUCCUCUUGUUUGUGCUCCUCUCAUGUUGCCCUGCACUUAUACCUUAACGAUUUAUUUUGCUUUACUUGUUUUGCAUUGGUUUAUUCCUGCAACCAUUUUUAUCCCAUUAUUUUCCUUAAAGUGGUGUACUUGCACAUUUUUUAAUAAGGACCACACUAGAUAUGUCAAUAACUUCAAUCUACAAUCAUCACCCUGUGAAAUAGGAAAGGAAACUUCCCAUAAACAGGAAGGGAAAAUUCAUGCUUCUUCUUUUUGAUAAAGCUAAAAUUUGUGUUUACCUUGGGUGUGUGUGUGUUUGUUUCCCCGGUAAAGCAACAGAAACAGGGCACCAACAAUAGAAGGUCACAGGAAGUGCUGGUUAUGAUUUACUGCAUAGAAAGGAUAAAAUGGUCACAGGCAGUAAUAAAAUUGGAUGUUUCAAAAUAGAAAGCGACCAUCCUACUUUUAUUUCAGAGUUCAGUUUUUAAAUUCUGGCUGAACUCAAUUCAAUGCAAUAAAAUUUUAUUAAUCCCGGUUCCAGGUCCAAGGUUGGCCCUGAAGGAAAUUGGGUGUGUGUGUGUUCCGUGUUCAGCUGAGAGAAAGUGUCCUGUUCUGUCCUGUCCUGUUUUGUAUUGGGACCUUUAUUGUUUCUAAUAUAUCUACUUCCUCUUCAGCAUACUUUGACCCCUUUAAGGACAUUUGCUAUCACUGCUAUGCAAAUGACAUUUAGUUAUACAUUUCUUUUAAGCCCCAAGAUGUUUCUAAGCUGUAGAUUCUAAAUCAGUGCUUAGAAUCCAUUAAAGGUUGGAUGGCUGACAACUUCCUUCAACUUAAUGAAGGAAAAACUAAAGUCCUUGAAUGUGCUCCUGACAGAUUUGCACCUAAGACAAUGAAAGCUCUUGGUCCCCUUUUGACAUUUGUGAAAUUGUCUAUCAGCAACCUAGAGGUAAACUUUUAACUUGGCUCUCACUUUGGAUGCUCAUGUCAAAUUUCUGUUUCGGUUUUGCUUUUAUCAUCUAAGAAACGUUGUUAAAUUAAGCCCUAUUGUAUCUGACACCGCCUCUCGCCCUAUGACAGCUGGGAUAGGCUCCAGCGCCCCCCGCGACCCUGAAAAGGAUAAGCGGAAGCGAAUGGAUGGAUGGAUGUAUCUCACACCAAACUGGAGAUUGUUACACAUGCAUUCAUUUCAUCACGUUUAGACUAUAGUAAUUCACUGUUUAUAUGUCUAUGCAAAAACUCCCUUGAGUGUCUGCAGGUUGUUCAAAACACCGCACACGCAGCAUACAAGGCGGAGAACUAAGGGAGACAGGGGAAAACUUCACCCUGAGAAACCCUUUGCCACUGUGGCCCCCAGACUGUGGAACGCUCUCCCUCUGAGCUUAAGAUCUGUGGACUCAGUAGUCUUUUUUAAAAAAUAACUAAAAACUCAUCUUUUUAGAAUUGCUUUUGGUUAACUUUCUAUCUGUCUUUGUUUUAUGCCUUGGUAUUUCUGUGUGAAGCAUUUUGUGAUCUUUUGUCUUGAAAGGUGCUAUAUAAAUAAAAUUUUACUUUACUUUACUCAAAGUCCUAACAAGAAUAUUAUUUGUGGUUAUUUUUAAUACUUGAAUAUAAGCAUAGCCAUAGAAAAUAUGUAACUAUCCAUUUUAAACUAGUUGAAACCUCACAAUUUUACACAGUUAUAUACUCAUGUAUUUGUCUCAUAUGAUUCUAAUUACAGAUGUAGGCCUUUCAGUAUCAUUAUUUUAAUCAGUAAUGACAUGAAACAUUUGACAGAAUUAAAGUAGGAACUUUAAUUGAGUUUUUUCUUGUUCUGUAUUUAAAACAUUUCAGUUAACUGUCCUUCUG